CCGCCGGAUCUCGCGUCACCUGAUUUCGCAUCGCAAGAUAUUCCGAGAAGGACAUCUGAACCGUUUGACACUCCGAAAUUCCGACGUAGGAAUUGCAGGCUAUCGUUCCCACUUCCGAGCAGUGUAGAUACCACACCGCAAACCACUAUCGCACAUAUACCUCAUCUCGUUGCGCCGUCCGGAUGUCAAAAGGGAGGGCGCAGAAACUAGUUCCAGUCCCUCGUAAGUACAGUAUACUGUACAGACCGCCUCGCCAAAUUUCACACUAGCACUCUCACAAUGACCAGUUUCGAGCUACAAGAAUCCCGCCAGCACCUGGUGGUGCAGCAACAACUCCCCGACCUGGACCCGGCUACGCCAUGGCACACCCUCGAUGCCACCGCAAUCGCCACAACACUGCAAACCGACCUUCUGACCGGUCUCACCCCCACCUCCGUCGCAGCCCGCCUAACCAAAUACGGCCACAACCAGCUCUCCGGCAACGGCAGCCCAACAUGGGUCAAAAUCCUUCUCAUGCAGCUCAUCGACCCCAUGAACUGGCUCUUCCUCGCCCUCGGCGUCGCCGGCUUCUUGUUAAGGGACUACAUCACGGGCGGGUUCCUGACCGCUCUGGCGCUCAUCAACCUCGGGUUAUCGUUCUCGCAGGAGUAUGCGGCGGAACAGACAUUGGCGGCGUUGAAGAGUCUGUCAAAUCCCGUCGCGACGGUCGUGAGGGAGGGGAAGGAGGUGAAGGUUAGCACGCAGGAGAUCGUGCCGGGGGAUAUCGUCGUGUUGAACCAUGGGGAUGCGGUCCCGGCGGACUGCAGGGUGGUGGAGGUGACGGAUCUCCAGACGGAUGAAUCUCUUCUCACGGGGGAAUCGUUGCCGGUCAAGAAAGACACAGCGACGCUACCGACGCCCGAUGAGCCGCUCGGCGACCGAAUCAACAUGGUCUACUCCUCCACGAUCAUCUCGAAAGGCCGCGCCCGCGCCAUGGUCGUCGCAACAGGGAUGUCGACCCAGAUCGGCCGUAUCGCGACCACACUCCAGAACACCGACAAAUCCGACCUGACCCGGCUGCAGAAAUCGCUUUACAAGAUGUACGUCUCCCUCAUGUUCGUAUCGAUCGGCGGCGCUGUCCUCGUGCUCGCGACGCAGAAAUUCAACGUCAGUUACCAACUGGGCAUGUAUGCCGUCACCGUGGCCCUCAGCGUGCUUCCCGCCGGGCUGACGACCGUGCUAACGGUCACGCUGGUGAUGGGCGGGAAGGAGAUGACGAAGCAUAAUGCGAUUGUGCGGAAACUGAAAUCGUUGGAGACGCUCGGCAGCGUUACGCAUAUCUUUUCCGAUAAAACGGGGACGCUGACGCAGGCUAAGAUGGUGGUUGUGAAUUGUUGGAUACCUGGUGUGGGGCAUGUGUUUGUAGAGCCGAGGGGGGUCGAACCCGUCGGGGAUGUAUACAUCACCGGGGCCGUUGCCGUCGAAUCCGCGCCGAAACCGGGUACCCCAAAUAUCACAAGAGUCGGAAAAGCGACGGACGAACCACUCGACGACCACAUCCGCGACUUUACACUCUGCGCUGCGCUGUGCAACCUAGCCUCCAUCACAUCCUCGUUCGACGACACCAAAACGCCUACAUACGCCACCAGCGGCUCCGCAACCGAAGUCGCGCUGCAAGCCUACGCGCACAAACUGUCCAUGUCGAAACCCACGUUGGAGAACGAGCAGGGGUGGGUACCCAUCUACGAUUUUCCGUUCACGAGCAAUUUGAAACGGAUGUCGGUCGUGUAUCGCGGCCCUGGGGGCGAGGUGAAGGUGUUUACGAAAGGGGCCGCGGAGAUCUUGCUUGGGUUGUGCGUUCCUGAUGAGGAACGAGAUGGGAAGGUGCGCGAAAUGGUGGAUGAGUUUGCACAGCGGGGGUUGAGGGUCAUUCUCCUAGCGUCGCGAACGCUUCCGAGGGAUGAGGUGCCUGUUGAUGAUGCAGCAUGGACGACGAUAGAGCGGGGAACCGUGGAGCGCGAGUUGGAAUUCCUGGGUCUAGCGGCGAUCUACGACCCGCCACGUCCGGAGUCGGCGUCGUCGGUUCGACAGGCUCAUGAGGCGGGGAUCAGCGUGCAUAUGUUGACAGGGGACCAUCAGCGCACGGCCGUUUCCAUCGCCUACCAAAUCGGUAUCCUCACUCGUGACCCCCGCCUGCUGUCCCCCGCCGAACUGCAACGGGUGUGCACAACAGGCCCAGCCUUCGACGCCCUAACCGACGCCGAAAUCGACACCCUAAACCCACUCCCCUUAGUAGUAGCCCGCUGCAGCCCCGAAACAAAAGUCAAAAUGCUCCACGCCGCGCACCGCCGCAACCACAUCACCGCCAUGACCGGCGACGGCGUCAACGACUCCCCCUCCCUCGCCAUCGCGGACAUCGGCAUCGCGAUGGGUCUCGCCGGGUCAGACGUUGCCAAAUCCGCGUCGGAUAUCGUCCUCGCCGACGACAACUUCGCUACCAUCAUCGUCGCUAUCCGCGAGGGGCGACGGCUGUAUACCAACAUCCAGCGGUUCUUGUUGUUUUACUGGAUAACCCUCCUCUGCUGCGCCCUGGUCGUCAUCGUCAAUGUGGCGGUGAAAGACCCCGCCGGUCUGCCUGCCCCGCCAUUCACGCCCAUGAUGAUCCUCCUCCUGUUCUGUCUCACCACGACCCCCGCGGCAGCAAUCAGCAUGCAACCGGCGUCCCCAACAACAAUGUCCAACCCGCCGCGGCCGCCUACCGAAUCGAUCUUCAACCCCGAGAUCCUCCGCGACCUUGGCUUCUACUCCCUCGGCACCGCGCUCCUCUGCGCGGGGGCGUACGAGACCGUGCUCUUCACCGGUGGGGGCAUCACGGCAGAGAAAUGCGAUGAUGUAUAUAUGCCCGAGGGGUGUGGCCCGCUGUACCGCGCCCGCACGACCCUAUUGGCAACUUACCUCCUCACCGCGCUCGUGCAGUCGGUGCACUGCCGGUCCUUCCGGGCGCGGGAAUUUACCACCCGGGCCGGUCUAGUCAAAACAAAAAACGAUACGACACUGUUGGUCAGUACGGCGGCGGGCGUGACAGUGUUGUGUGUGGUUGUGUAUGUGACGCAGAUUGGCAGAGCGGCGUUCAAGUUUGAUCCGAUUGGGUGGGAGUGGGGGUGGGUUGUGGGGGCGACAGUGGUGUGGAUGAUUGCGGGGGAUGUGUGGAAGGUGGGGAAGGAGGCGGUUUGGCCGGUGAGGAGGGCGGUGGUUGUGGGGGAGGGGGAGGUGUAAAUGCUGGGAUGGGAUAAGUGGAUGCUUUUCGUGGCCACUGCCACUGCUUCCGACGAGUUAUGACUUCCGACGCACUUAAAUGUUUUGGGGCAGAUGCCAUGUAAGGCGUACCAACAAUCAUUAGUUCUGUAACUGUGUAGAUACUAUCGUAAUGUACAAAAGCAAUGAACUCGC